UGAAAGGCGUAUCCCAUUUCCAUUAAGAAAGCGUGAGUGUACAAUUACCAGCCAGGGCCCUAUAUACCCUCUACAAUUUACAUGUACAAUAGUAUAUAGAAACGCUCGUGGAUAAGGAUAGUCUAAAAGGGAAGUGAUGUCUUCUAUAUACUCUCUAGUUAAAUGUGGGGUAUGUGCUGAUUUAAGUAUUCUCCACUCGCACUGCAAACAAUGUGGGAAUCUAUGUGAAAAUUGUUCAGGACUUCACAGCAAAGGGAAUGCCUUCAAAAAUCAUAUUGUGGUGCCCUUAACUUUUUCAGAUGGAAUGGAGACGUCUUCAAUCAAAGUGGAACCGUCCACACAAUUAGAUAACCUUGAUAGUACCCCCACCGCCAAAUGUACAACUACGGCUGCAACAAACGCCCCAACACCUGCGUAUCCUCCAUCUACUUCUUCAAAUGCCUCAACACGUAAUUAUGCUUCAUCGACUUCAACAAAUGCUCCAACAUCUCAUAAUGUGCCACCCACUUCAACAAACGCUCCAACUUCUCAGAAUGUGCCAUCUACUUCAUCAAAUGCACCCAGUACACCAACGAAAAAAGGUGUGAAACGGAAAGCUGCUUCCGUUUUAAUGAAGGGAAUGGAGAAAGCUGCUUGUCCUAAACAUAAAUCUAACACAGUGGAUUUAUACUGUAAGAGUUGCGAUCAAGCAAUAUGUUCGCAGUGUCUGACAGCUGCCCAUACUGGACAUAGCAUUGACGAUAUAACCGAUUUUUUCGAGAAGAAAAGAGCUAAGAUAGAAAGUGAUUUAGAUCUCAUCAAGAGUCAUAUCCAACAAAGGGAGGAAGCAAGGCAAAAAAUGGUAAAAGAUCUAGAAGAGAUGGAACAAGCUUCAGAAAACGUGGUGAAGGAAGUUAGAAAUUUCGCUGACAAGGUGCGAUCAACCAUUCUAAAGAAAGCAGAUGACCUGAAAGCAAGUACUAAAGAAACAAAAAAGAAUAUUGUUUCAAGAAAUGGCGAGUUUGUCAAAGAAAUCAAAAAACUAGAAACCUUGCAAAAAAAAUGUCAGGAUGAGCUGGAUUCUAAAGAUUUAGCAGUGGUCCUGUUCAGAAAAGAAACGGCGUUCUCGCUCAAUACCUACGAAAAUCUCCCAAGUUCGAUCAAAAUUACACCUGCAGCGUUUCGUCCAGCGGAAUUGGACCAAGACAUGAAAACUUUUGGAACCAUUGUUUCUACAACUAUUCAAGAGGAACCUAUUACGUUUAGGCCACCAUCUUCCCCAAUAAAAAUGCCAGGGAAAAAGAAGAAACUGACAGCUCAAAGCAGUACGUCAUUGCCUGCCCCUACUGCCACAUCUGCCUCUGCUCAAAAUCAUGAAAUAUUGAGAGACGCAGUGAGUAAAAUAGGUAAAGAGCUUGGAAUGAACAUUGUUCAAAAAUGAAGAAGACAAAUGGGAAUUUUUUCCAUAUUAAAGGAGUUUGGUGGAAAAAGAAAAAUCCUUUAUCCCAGUUCUCUCUAAUCAAAAGUUUGGUAAGCAGAUUGUUCAAAAAUGAUGAAAACAAAUGUAACUGAAUAAUUGGAGCAGCUUGGUGUGAUCAGAAAAAUCCUAUUCUCCCUCACCGUAUUGAUAAUCAUACAGUGUGCACUUACCAGAAGUAAAAAAAAAUAUCUAACUAUUUAACCACUUGUAUAUUAAUUUGUGUUUGACUCUGUUGACUUACAUACUAAACUUUAUAAUAGAAUUAGGAAGAAUAGUAUCAAUAUUUAUGUGACUUUAUAUUCACCCGCUGAUGAUUAAUGAAGCAAGUUUGUAUUUCAUAUUAUACUUACAUGUAAAAGAUAUUUUCAUGUAAUUAAUCUAUAGCUUCAAAUAAAGUUUCAUUAAACUUGA